GUCAGGCGAUCAACUCCACCCCCUCCACUCCCGUGCUGUUGAGAAAUCUACCCAGAUUCUCAUCGGUGAGGUUCAUCCCGAAGCCUGUUCCUCCGCUUCGACACUGAGGCGAAACAACAGCGUUUAAACUGCUGGUAGAUACCUGAGUUUUGUCUGUACUGUUUCAGCUUGAAAAGAGCUUCCUCUGUCUUCCAUCAGCAGGAAGAGAAGACAGACUGUGAACAAACCUCGUCAUGAACUGGGCAUUCCUCCAGGGCCUCCUCAGUGGGGUGAAUAAGUACUCCACAGCCUUCGGCCGAGUUUGGCUCUCUAUCGUCUUCCUCUUCAGGGUCAUGGUGUUUGUGGUGGCGGCGGAGAAGGUAUGGGGCGACGAACAGAAAGACUUCAAAUGCAACACGGCUCAGCCUGGGUGCCACAAUGUCUGCUACGACCACUUCUUCCCUGUCUCCCACGUCCGCCUGUGGGCCCUGCAGCUGAUCUUCGUCACCUGCCCCUCUCUCUUGGUGGUGAUGCACGUAGCCUACAGGGACGACAGGGAGCGGAAACACCGGCUCAAGUACGGCGAGAACUGCCGCCGCCUCUACCAGAACACGGGCAAGAAGCGUGGGGGCCUGUGGUGGACCUAUGUCCUUACUUUGGUCUUCAAAAUAGGUGUGGACGCCACCUUCGUCUACCUCCUGUACCACAUCUAUGAGGGUUAUGACUUCCCCUCGCUCAUCAAGUGCGAACAGAAGCCGUGUCCCAACAAGGUGGACUGCUUCAUCGCUCGGCCCACCGAGAAACGAAUCUUCACCAUCUUCAUGGUGGUCACCAGCCUGGCAUGCAUCUUCCUCUCUGUCUUAGAAAUCCUCUACCUGGUUGGGAAACGCUGCCGUGAAUGUUUCAGCUCAGUCCAAAACUCUCGCCAGGUCAUGACCAACACACUGUCCAGCGGAAGCAACUUGAUGGACUCAAACAAUCUAAAGGGGACGUGCAAAUCCACCCCUGAAACACCUGCUCCUUCAUACAGCGUCGCCAUAUCUUGAGAUAACGACAAUAAAGGCAAAGACUUAAUUAAGAACAAUGUCAUGGGAAAGGAAAUGUGCCUCUCCCCCCUCCACAUGCACUUCCCUCAUAGACUUGUCAGCAGACAUUUGUGUGCUCAGACUCUGCUAGGAACUGCUACUGAGGUAGUUCUUUACUGUUAUAAUGUUCACUGUCAGAGAAAUCCUGGACCACGAUGCAUAUGUGUCAUAGAUCUGGAAUGUGCUCACGAUUGUGGGUUCGGGUCGGAGUAUUUACAGAGACUUUUGUACAGACGAAGUUCUGCAGCCCUGGCAGACAAAAUCUAGUUUGUGUGAUUCAGAAUUAGCCUUGAAACCAGCUAUGAGUCACUCCAUGGUUAGGAGAUGGUUUUACAAACACAUGUGGUUUUCUGUGUAAAGUUUUCCUCCUGCUCUGCGCCCAACCCUGAAAUACUUAGUUCAGGCUGUUCAACGUCUUUUCCCUUCACUCACAUGUUUACAUUUGACUCUUGUGAAUACUUUAUUUAUCAAAAAGGUUUGAAAGAUACUGCUGUUGUGCGUGUUGCUGUUCUGACCUGUUUUUAAAGUGCUUCCUGUAUACAGGGAGGAGAGAGUGAUGAAGUCCAAAUGCAGUGUUGUAAACACAGUUGUUAAUAAUAUCAGGAUGUCUCACAGUGCUGAGGUGCAGUGUGGCUGCACAGAUGUUAAUAAUAUUUUUCAUUAAAGAUGAUAUUUUCAUGUUUUGAAA